AUGGCACCUGCCGUGGUGCACCUAUACAAUUCGGUGGCCAAGAACGCGAGAGCGUUCAAGGCCGCCUGGAAACAUGCUGCGAAACUCGUACAGAAACGACUACCAGAAUCCGCACAACCUACAGAUGCGGUACUACAACCCAUCCUCGCUCGAAAUGCUCCAAAGCACCCUCUCCACCGUAUUGCCUACCUCAAGCAAAGCAAGGGCCGCUGGUACACCACCCAUAGCCAGAUCAGCGCUGCUGUUCGACGCUUCACCACGUCUGCUGCUCGCAACUCAGGCGUGAAGUACGACAAGGCCUCCUUCCCCAAGUCACGUAUCGGAGGCAUAGUUACCGCCCAGGCCGGCCGCGCACCUUUUGCGUCGACCCUUCGCCCCAACCUCACCGGAGGCACGCUUGGGCGAACAGCAGGAGGCUACGGAUGGGGCUCCGGGAGGGCCGGAGGCGCAAGGUACUUUUCGCAUGGCCCUGCAUCUCCAGCCCAGGUUAUCAACAACGUGUCUCAGGCCGUCAGAGCGUUCCUCGUUGGUGGACAAAAGGCCCAAUUCGAUGGCGUCAACCCACACAACGGCGAGAAGCGCUUCAAGACUGUAUCGGCGCUGCAGGAUCAGGUCAACCGCACGCUGAACAAGGUUCCUAAGGCCACACCUGGAUCCUACAUCAGCUUCAACGUUAACCCCACCGUCACCGCUCUUACUCCCCUGAAGGCUGUCAAGGGCUUCACCUCGUUCGCACAAGAGAAGGAGACACUGAACAGCGAGGGCCUCCUCGAUGUUCUAUCCGUCGACUUUUCAAGGUCCGUCAAGGAGCUUGCAGCCGUUCUCAAAGAUCUGCAACGAUUAGCGGCAUUAGGCGACCUUCCGAUAUCAUACGAGAGCUCGGUGCUCAAAGUUCACUUCCCAGGCUGCGAUGCGCAAACCGUCGAGACGAUAUGUAACGAUUUUGAAGUCUCACGUGGCUCAGUAUACCAAGACGAGGACUUUGACUCUUUCGUCGGCACCGAUAUCGCGCUUCUCUUUCCAUUUGCACCCAGUCAGACACCGUCUGAAUGUUCCUUCUAUGAGAAACCCGUUGCUGAGCGUCAACAUGUGCAGCCUAACAUUGACUGGACACACAUGCUCUCGGCAUCACCCGCUGCUUCAGAAGGCUUCUCGACGCAUUCUGAACAAAGUUACGAACAGAUCGACGACUUUGCAACCGAGGAGCCUAAUCCUUGGUUAUCUGACUAUGAAAGCCUGCACACCAGUGAGGCUGACGAAAUGGACAUGCAUGCGCCGUUGGAAUACCAAAGUUCUGAUGGGCGUUGA